UCUGUGUUCUCAUUUGCAGGUUGCCUCUCCCUUCUGGUGACAGUGCAGGAUGUUGAGCGUUAUACUACCUUAUUUGCCACCGUCGUCCUCAAGUGUGACUAUAGCACCUCAGCUCAGCUGCAGGACGUGGUGGUGACCUGGCGCUUCAAAUCCUUCUGCAAGGACCCCAUCUUUGACUACUACUCAGUCUCAUACCAGGCUGGUUUAGCUCUUGGCCAGGACCCAUCUGAUGACUGCAAUGACAGCCAGCGAAAGGUGCGCAUUGUCAUCCAGAAGUAUGGGCAGAAGGAGCCUGUGCUGGGUAUCGACUACCAACAACGAAAGAUCACCAUUCAGAACCGGGCAGACCUCGUCAUCAGUGAGGUCAUGUGGUGGGACCAUGGCAUGUACUACUGCGCUGUGGAAGCACCAGGAGAUACCUCAGGUGAUCCGGACAAAGAAGUUAAGCUGAUUGUUCUCCACUGGCUCACAGUACUCCUCAUCAUUCUCGGUGGCCUCCUCCUCCUUCUUCUGAUUGGAGUAUGCUGGUGCCAGUGCUGCCCCCAGUAUUGCUGCUGCCACGUCCCAUGUGUCUGCUGCCCAACCCGGUGCUGCUGUAAUGAGGAAGUACUGGAACGGCACCGGUUCAUGAAGCAGGCUCGGGCACUUGCACCUUGGAUGUCACCCAACAUGUUCUAUGGAGGUGGCGACAGGAACUCGCAACUUUCCUCUUACCAGCUGAACCCUCUACUGCAAAAAGAUGUGUCUCUGCAGAACAGUCUUCCACUGGUGCAGCCACAAGCUCAGCUUUCCCCUAACAAGGGUGUUUUGGACUAUCUGGAGUCCGAAAUCCAAAACAUGAACAUGUCACAGCUCCGGCCACCUUCCCACCAGCAGCAGGCUGUGCAGCCCAGCUUGCUGUCAUCCCUGAGCUCUGAGAUCAUGCCACCUCCUCUCACUGAUCACAUCUCUUCCAUCCAUGGGAGCAGCAACUCCUCACGGCCACAGAGAGCUGCCCAUGCCCCCAGACCCUGGGACUCUGCAGUGGAGGACAGGAGGGAAAACCGGAGGUGGCCCUUGCCUUCCAGUGGGGAUUCUCAUUCCAGCUACAAUCGGGAGCCCUGGGACAGGCAGCAAGAGAACCAUGCUCAGAGGCAGAGGACAGGCGGCUACAAUGGCAGGCCCCAGUACUCCAGACGGGAUGUGUCACCCCCACGCCAGGCUGAGAGGGGCAAGAGCAGCAGCAGCAGCUGCAGUUUCUAUCCAGAGGAGGCCAAGGAGCGCUCCAGCCGCCACCAUCGUGGCUGGAGACAGGAGCCCACAGGGAGGCGAGACUACCAGCACCACACUAGGAGGAGCAAUAACUCAGGUCAGCGGCGGCACAGCUACUCUCCCCCUUCUCGCCGUGGGUCGUGGAGCUCCUCAGAAGAGCAAGUCCGUCUCCCAGCGACAAAUCGCAGGCUGCGGCACAGGUCUCGGGAAUGGCCAGAAGAUAAACCCCCCAGUUAUCGUUCAUUAGAAAUCAUCCCAGGUCAGGACAAGAAGCACAAAGGUAGUACAGGGCCACGCUCGGACAGAGGAAGUUCCCACAGUGGAAGAAGCAUAGUAAUUUAA